AUGGUAGACAAUCAGAAGGGUGAUGCAACAAGAAAUUAUGGCCCUCAACCUGAUUUCCAUGGAUUGAGGGUCAGGGACGACGAGGGGGAAGGCCUCCUAUGUUCACAGAACAGCGAGAGGGACAUAGUAAACAUGGUUUUGGCCAACAAUGCUAUAACCCUCAAUCAGCUCCAAGCUAACAUUGUCAAUAACCACGUCGGUUUCAACAAUAUCCAUCAGGUCUCAACAUCAACACUGGCACGCAUCCUAAUAAAAAACCAUAUUCAAAUGAAGCAAAUUUAUCGAGUGCCUUUCGAGCGCAAUUCCGAAAGGGUGAAACGACUGCGGCAUGAUUAUGCAGAGAGAGUUUUACAAAUGGAUGGAGAGGAGAUCCAGCAUGAGUUCAUUUACGUAGAUGAGGCUGGGUUCAACCUGACGAGAACACGAAGGAGGGGAAGAAACAUCAUUGGCCACAGGGCUAUAGUCAAUGUCCCAGGGCAACGUGGGGGUAAUAGAACACUCUGUGCAGCCAUUACACAGAAUGGGGUCCUCCACCGCCAUGCCCAUAUGGGCCCUUACAACACAGCACUCAUACUUACAUUCUUGGACCAAUUGCACAACAUAACAGCAGCAGAUCAAAUCGAUCAUAUGCAAUACAUUGUUGUCUGGGACAAUGUCUCUUUUCACCGCUCUGCUCUGGUUCAGAACUGGUUUCAGCAACAUCCACAUUUCACCGUACAAUAUCUUCCACCAUACUCUCCAUUUCUCAACCCUAUAGAAGAGUUUUUCUCGGCAUGGCGGUGGAAGGUAUAUGAUCUCCGUCUCCAGGCUGAGGUACCCCUCAUCCAAGCCAUGGAGGAGGCCUGUGACCAGAUGGAGGUAGCAGCAAUACAAGGAUGGAUUCGUCAUUCAAGACGUUUCUUUCCAAGGUGUCUUGCUAAUGACAACAUUGCCUGCGAUGUUGAUGAAAUUCUCUGGCCAGAUCCAGCUAGGCGAAGAGACAAUGUCUAG